UAGUUUCUAAAGAAAGUAGAACGGAUUUAAAAGAAUUUAAAGGUAAGCAAAAUUUUUUUCCUGAGACUGGCAAUAAUGAGAAUAGUGGAAAACCCUUAACUGUUCAAGAACUUAAAGAUGACGACGAUCCAGAAACUCUACAAUUGAAACUUGAAAAUUUUCCCAAAAAUGUUCCUAAUAAAGAGGUGCGGGUGUGGUGUAGUUACAACAGAAUUCAGAGUAUUGAUGUAGUGAAAAAACUUCCUUGGAGUUUUGCCUUUCUAAUAUUCGAUAACGAAAAAGAUAAACUUUCUGCUUUAGAGAGAAUUCCUUCUUUAUUUUUUCGUAAGAAAAGACUUCGCGUGAAAAGUGCUAGAAAAAGUGAAGCAUUUCAGACGGACUCCUCUAGAAAAAUGACUCCGGCUGACCAAUUAAACGAUAAACUGUGCCCUUAUUGGAGGAAACGUUAUGAAGAACAACUUUCUAUUAAAGAAAAAAAUGCUGAUGAACUUUUUAGAGAUUUGGCAAAUUGUCUCCGAAUAAACAGUAUUAUUUCCAAACUUGGACUGCGGAUAAUGAGAUCGCCCGUUAUGACUGGCUACUUAAAUAAGUUGGAUCUUAUAUGCGGAAGUGACGGCCGUGUUGGGGUCCCACUCAAGCAAAAUGAGGACGGCGAGCAUAUGGUGGUGAAUCCGAAAGAAUGUUUAAUAAUACCGGAAGUUAUGAAGUUGCUUGCUUGUGAGUUUGAGAACUUUUUAACGACUACUUCUUAUCAAGUUUAUAUUGAAAAAACUUGUUCUGGCCAUUACCAACAGCUUUCUUUGCGCACGAAUAGGAAUAGUGAAGUUUUAUGUUUAGUGAAGUUUCAUCCACAAAAUAUAUCGGCAGAACAGUUAAACGAAGAAAAGUUUUUGCUUAAAACUUUUUUCGAGACUCUAAAAACUUCCAAAAAUAUUACUAUAAAGUGCCUUUUGUUUCAACAAACUGAGGACUCUUCUCCUGCGAAUCCCGCAGAAUUUCUUUACGGCGAGUCUUCUUUUCUUGUGGAAAAUUGGAUGGACUUAAAAUUUCAAGUUUCAAUUUCUUCUUUGUUCCCGCCAAAUUUUUCGGCAACUACUCAUCUAUUAAUGGAAAUUCUUGAUUGGUGCUCCGCGAGAAAAUAUCAUUAUAUUUUUGAUAUUUUCUGCGGUACUGGAAUUCAAGGCCUUUCAUUGGCUCCAACUGUUAUGAAAGUUAUAGGGAUUGACGAAUCAAAGGAAGCUAUUGAGGAAGCUGAACAAAAUUUAGCAGUCAAUAAAUAUAAUAACGUACAGUUUAUUCAUGGCGUUGUUGAGGAUGAAUUGCCAAUCAUAUUUAAAAAAUACGGCCACAUGGAGUCCAUUGGAAUCGUUAAUAGACCAAUGAGCUUUACUUCUUCUCUAUCGCGUAUCAUCCGGAGCAGCGCUAUCAAACGUCUCGUUUAUAUUAAUACUUUUUCACGAAAUAUAAUGAAGGACAUCGCGUGUUUGUGUCAAGAUUUUGCCGUGAACUCAAAGCCAUUUAAAGUAAUGAAAUAUCGAGCUUUCGAUACCGAGCCGCACAACCCGAACUUUGAAGUUGCCGUUUUAUUGGAGCGUUUUUAA